ACGCUGCAUUCGCACACAAGUGACCAGAGACUAGCAGACCUCGCGAGAAUAUCUUCAUCGCGAAUCGUACGAAUCAGCACCAAACAGUAUUACGGAUAGUCCAGUUCCUUAUUCCUCUUCUAGUUUUCUAUUUCGUUUCGUCGUCUAGUUCGUUUCAUCGAAUUUCACAGUUCACGGCGAAACGAUGUCUUCGGUAAUGCUAGAAUCGUUCAGCGACAAAGUAGCGAUGUUCGACCAGUACGCGAACAAGCACAAAGACAAGCAGAGCAAAAAUCCGUUCACAUCCGGCUCAAAUAUCGAGAAAAGGAAAUUCUCGAAAGAAGAAUACGGCAGACCGGAAGCUGGCUCCUUGACAGACAUUCGUGGUCGCAAAGCCACGGCGCACAUCCUCAAAGAGGUGCUCGAACUUUGCGAGAUUAUUCAUCAAGAGGGCACGCCGUGUCGCGACCGACCAGAAAUCAUCGCAAUCACGUUUGGCGACCUAUUCAACAUUUACACCCACAUCAGCGACAAAUGCGUAGGACUACUGUUGAGAGCCAGGAAACAGAAGCUCGUGGACUUUGAAGGAGAAGUACUGUUUCAGAGACGAGACGACGACGUACCCAUCUACCUGGUGAAGCCCAUCAACGAAAUCCGAGAAAUGUUCAAACAACGGCUAAAAGAAAUUGCACAGGAGACGCCCAUAAGCUAACAAUCGUCUUCGUCGUUCGGCGAAUAAUUCCAUGGUGAAGAAUCCCUGCUGCAACUCUGUGUUAUCCAACGUUAUCCUCUAUUUAUUUACGACGCAACCGUUGAAACAACGCGAACGGCCAUUGUAUAGUUUGUAAUUUUUAUUCGAAGUGUACGUGAAACGAACGAGUGGUUGAAGUUGAAGAAUGAGACGAUGAUGUAGGUCGAUAAAGGACAAAUAUGUGCAAUGUGAUAUUUCCAUAGAAUUAUUAGGAAUAAAGAUUCUUUUCUAGCAAA